CAUCACCGGGAAUACAGAAGAAGAAGAAAACUUAGACAUUGUUAUCUAACGCAAUGGGAGAAACCCUAGAACACCUUUCUCAAUGCUUCCUUCAAACCCUAUCUCCCAAUCCUGAGCCUCGUCGCCGGGCUGAGGCUUCUCUCGCUGAGAUGGCCGACAAGCCCAACUACGGCCUAACUGUUCUUCGCCUCGUCGCUGAACCUGCCGUUGAUGAACAGAUCCGUCUGGCGGCCGCGGUUAACUUUAAGAAUCAUCUCCGUGCCCGGUGGGCUUCCACACUUCCAUCAGACGCCAAUAGAAAUAUUCCUGUCCCCGAACUAUCCCCGGUUCCCGACCAGGAGAAGGAGCAGAUCAAAACCCUAAUCGUCCCUCUCAUGCUUUCAUCGACUCCGCGUAUUCAGAGCCAACUUAGCGAAGCUCUUGCUUUGAUCGGUAAGCAUGAUUUCCCCAAAUCAUGGCCUACCUUGCUACCGGAGCUUGUGUCCAACCUCCGACAGGCCACUGAUUACGCCUCCAUCAAUGGCAUUCUUGGUACAGCUAACUCUAUUUUCAAUAAGUUUCGGUACGAGUACAAGUCCAACGACCUUUUUCUUGAUCUCAAGUACUGCCUUGAUGGUUUUGCUGCACCUUUGCUUGAAAUUUUCCUCCGAACUGCUGCUCUCAUUGAUUCCACUGCUAGCUCCGAUGGUAAUACGGCCAUGGCCCUCCGGCCACUGAUUGAGUCCCAACGGCUUUGCUGUAGUAUCUUUUACUCUCUUAACUUUCAAGAACUCCCGGAGUUCUUCGAAGACCACAUGAAUGAGUGGAUGACUGAAUUCCGAAAGUACCUUACAACUACUUAUCAAGCUCUUGAAGGUGGUGGUGGUGAUGGGCUUGCACUUGUUGAUGAGCUCCGGGCAGCUGUAUGUGAGAAUAUUAAUCUUUACAUGGAGAAGAAUGAGGAGGAAUUUCAAGGGUAUUUGAAGGAGUUUGCCUUAGCCGUCUGGAGCCUCCUAGUGUCUGCCUCUGCUUCCUCAAGUCGUGAUGGGUUAACUGUUAAGGCAAUUAGGUUCUUGAACACGGUUAGCAUAAGUGUCCACCAUACUUUGUUUGCAGGUGCUGGUGUCCUACAACAGAUAUGUCAGAGCAUUGUGAUCCCCAAUGUACAUCUGAGAGAUGAGGAUGUGGAGCUGUUUGAGAUGAAUUAUGUUGAGUUCAUCAGGAGGGAUAUGGAAGGGAGUGAUGUUGAUACUCGGAGAAGGAUUGCCUGUGAGCUUCUUAAGGGAAUUGCAACCAAUUACAAGGAUCAGGUCACUGCCAUAAUUUCUGCUCAGAUACAAAAUAUGCUGGCCAGCUUUGCUCAAAACCCGUCUGCUAAUUGGAAGGAGAAGGACUCUGCUAUAUACUUGGUUGUCUCCCUCACAAUGAAAAAGGCUGGGGGUACUUCAGUCUUGACAGAUAUUGUUGAUGUGCAGGGCUUCUUUAGUACAGUCAUUGUCCCUGAGUUGCAAAGCCAGGAUGUUAACAGUUUCCCCAUGCUGAAGGCGGGGGCCCUGAAGUUUUUCACAAUGUUCCGGAACCAGAUACCGAAGGAUGUAGCAAUUGCUUUAAUGCCAAAUGUGAUUCAUUUUCUGGGGGCUGAAUCAAAUGUUGUUCACUCUUACGCUGCUAGUUGUAUUGAGAAGCUUUUUCUGGUUAAGGACGAGGGAGGAAGGCCAAGGUAUAGUUCAUCAGAUAUUAACCCUUUUCUUCCGGUGUUGAUGACCAACCUCUUUACUGCUUUGAGGUUUCCAGAAUCUGAAGAGAAUCCUUACAUAAUGAAGUGCAUAAUGCGGGUUCUGGGAGUUGCAGAGAUUUCUGGUGAGGUUGCUCUACAUUGCAUUACCGGUCUGACAUCCAUUCUGAGUGAGGUCUGCAAAAACCCUAAGAACCCCACUUUCAAUCAUUAUGUAUUUGAGGCUGUGGCUGGUCUAGUCAGACGGGCUUGUGAGAAGGAUCCUUCUCUGAUAUCGGCCUUUGAAGCAAGCCUUUCCCCAAUUCUCGAGACCAUCUUGGGAAACGAUGUCACUGAAUUUUUGCCCUAUGCAUUCCAGCUCCUGGCCCAGCUUGUUGAACUUAAUAGACCGCCUCUCCCACCACUUUACAUGAACAUCUUUGAGAUUUUACUCUCACCGGAAACCUGGCAGAGAUCUGCAAAUGUUCCAGCUCUUGUGCGGCUGCUUCAGGCUUUCCUUCAGAAGGCACCCCAUGAAGUGACUCAAGAUGGUAGACUGAGCAAAGUUCUUGGGAUAUUUAGCAAACUUGUCUCUGUCUCUAGCACAGAAGAACUGGGAUUCUAUGUGCUCAACACUGUUAUAGAGAAUCUGGGAUAUAAUGUGAUAGCACCCUUUGUGCCCCACAUUUGGGCUGCACUUUUUACACGGCUGCAGAGUCAUCGAACAGGGAAGUUUGUGAAGUCUCUGGUUAUAUUCAUGUCUCUGUUCUUGGUCAAGCAUGGACCUGUAACCCUGUUGGAUUCCAUGAAUGCUGUUCAGCCUAAUAUAUUUCUUGUAAUCCUUGAGCAAUUCUGGAUUCCUCAUCUCAAGCAGAUCACUGGAACCAUUGAAUUGAAAUUGACUUCAGUUGCUUCAACCAGGCUUCUUUAUGAAUGCCCAGUCCUUUUGGAUGCUUCAGCUGUUCUCCUCUGGGGAAAAUUGUUGGAUAGCAUUGUUACCCUUAUUUCACGACCAGAGCAGGAGAGGGUUGAGGAGGAACCAGAAAUUCCGGAUAUUGCAGAAGCUGUAGGCUAUACUGCUACCUUUGUCCAACUCUACAAUGCUGGGAGGAAAGAGGAAGAUCCUGUAAGGGAAAUCAAUGAUCCGAAGGAAUUCUUGGUGAAAUCACUGGCAAAACUUUCUGGCCUCUCUCCAGGAAAGUACCCUGACAUCAUUAAUAGGUCUCUUGAUGCAAACAAUCAAACGGCUUUGCUCCAUUUCUGCAGCAUAUAUAAUUCUGCUAUAGUCUAAGCUCAGGAAUGAUAGCCAAUAGAGGAUGGAGUCGGUUUUGGUUGCAGUCACAGUCACUCAUGAGUGGAUGACAUCGAAUCUUGCUUGACUGCAGUGAGUUGUGUCGUUUUAUUUUGUAUUACCAUGCAGUUCUUCUCCCUGUUUCA